AUCAUGUUACGUAUUCCGAAAACGCAACGGAUUGUCAGCCUAGCCAAUGCUACGCGGAAUCAAUCUACCUCGGCACGGCGAACCACCGGCGAUGAGUAUCAGUACCUUCAACGUUCGAAGAUACCGAUGCUUCACUUCCAACCUUCCCUGCCCCGACUGCCGAUCCCAGAGCUGGAGAAAACCUGCGCCCGGUAUCUGGCCGCACAGCAACCGCUACUUGCACCAGAUGCCUUCGACCGUACCAAGCAAGCAGUGCAACAAUUUGCCCAAACCGAUGGACCAAACCUGCAAGCACUAUUGAAGGAAUUCGAUGCAAAAAACAAACACACCAGCUACAUCUCCGAACCGUGGUUCGAUAUGUACCUGCGGGAUCGUAUCCCACUGCCACUGAACUACAAUCCGCUGCUGAUGAUGAAUCCGGAUCCGCGGCCAGAGUAUAACGAGCCGGUGCUGCGUACAACCAAUUUGGUAAUAAGCUCGCUGCGGUUCAUGAAAUCGUUGCGUGCCAAAACGCUUGAGCCGGAAGUUUUCCACAUGAACCCGGCCAAAAGUGAUACGGCGAUGUUCCGCACGGUUACUUCGCUAAUGCCUUCGAUAAUUUCCACGUACGUGGCAUACACAUUCAAAGCAUUCCCGCUCGAUAUGAGCCAGUAUCAGGGACUGUUUGGUGGAACGCGUAUUCCGGAGCUUGGCAAGGAUCGAAUUUAUCGUAACGAAUCGUCCCGUCAUUUGGUUGUGCUACGUAAAGGCAACAUGUAUGCGGUGGAUGUGCUGGAUGCGGAAGGUAAUAUCGAACAACCGGCCACACUGUUUGCACGAUUCGAGCGGAUUUUCAAUGACACGAAACCUCCGGCAGCCGAUCCGCUAGGACUGUUGACGACCGAAAACCGUGACACAUGGGCAGCGGCUCGAUCACAUCUUACCCAGCUGGGCAAAAAUGCCAAAUCAAUCGAACUGGUCGAUUCGGCACUGUUCUGCCUGUGCCUGGAUGAGUCGACGAUAAACCCAGACAACCCAAUUCCCGCUAUUCGCGAGUUUCUGUUCGGUGAUGGCACGAACCGAUGGUUCGACAAAUCAUUCUCACUGAUCGUCGCAAAGGAUGGGACGGCGGGCAUCAAUUUCGAACAUUCCUGGGGUGAUGGUGUUGCCGUGCUGCGUUACUUUCAGGAAAUUUUCAAAGAAACUACCACGGCACCGUUCGCACAGGUUGGACUGCAGGGAUCGGACAACCAGUCGAAGGAUGCUAUCGUGCCAAUCGAUUUUACGCUGGACGAUCGUGUGCGGGGCGCUAUCCGGGCGGCUGAAAAUAAUCACAACGCGGUCAUCGAUUCGCUCGACAUGAACUACAUGAAGUACGAAGGAAUUAACAAGAACGUGUGCAAAAAGCAACGCAUCAGUCCCGAUUCGGUAAUGCAGCUCGGUUUUCAGCUGGCCUACUACAAGCAGCACGGCAAGUUUGUAGCCACUUACGAGUCGUGCAGUACGGCCGCUUUUCGGCAUGGUCGUACGGAAACGAUGCGACCGUGUACGGUCGCUACGAAAACGUUCUGCGAAGAGGUAGAAAAGAAGCGAAAAAGUGCGGCCGAAUUGCGCGAAAUCAUGAACCAAUGUUCGACCGUACAUGGUCAGCUAACGAAGGAAGCCGCGAUGGGGCAAGGGUUCGAUCGGCACCUGUUCGGGUUGAAGCAUACGGCACAGAAGAAUAGUCUUCCGUUGCCGGCACUGUACCAGGAUCCUGCCUAUGCGGCUAUCAAUCACAACAUACUGUCGACCAGUACGCUUUCAUCGCCGGCCCUGUUGGCGGGUGGGUUUGGGCCGGUUGUAAAGGAUGGGUAUGGUAUUGGGUAUAAUAUACAAGAUGGUUAUUUGGGUAGUGUCGUUACGAGCUACAAACCGCACCGGAAUGGGGGCGAAUUUGUCGACUGUCUUCGGGCAGCGUACGAAGACAUUAGCAAAGUGCUGACCGCGACUGGGCCAGCUUCCAAAGAGAACUGAAGCAUGAC